CGCUUCCUGAGACCUGCAGCAGGCUGGAAACACCCCGGUGGCGCACAGCCAGCGCCGCGGGGUACGGUCCUAACGCCGCUGGGCGCCACCUGCAGCCUCCGGGCAGCCGAUUUAGCGGUGUCUGUGCAGACUCCCGCUCCGGCCAGAAGCCGCUGCUUAAUCUUCUGCAAAGAGUUAAGAGUGAGCGGGCUGCUGAGACUCCCGGGGCCUCGCCGGGUCCCCAGGCCCCGCUAGCCGCUCCUGAUUGGCUGAUCUCCUGUCAGUAGUAAAGAGGAUCAGAUAGCAAACUUGGGACCUUCAUAAAGGCGUGGUGGCGAUACUCCGCGACCGCUGGCAGCCUAUGACAUCAGCCAGGAACGCCUAGGAUGCGGUUGCUCCUUGCCACCCUGAGAGGAGGAGGGUCCUGCCUGCUGGGAGUUAAUUAGCCUCGCGCGCGGCGAGGGGGGAGGCGCCAGUUUUCCGGGGACACUGGCGGCCACUGUGCGUCCUCCUGCCCAAGGGAGCUCCCCGAGAGUUGGAUGAAUUCUGGGUUGUUAGCUGCUGUCCUCUGGGCUCCCGGGAGCCAGUUUCUGGUGAAAAGCAGGGGGCGUCUGGCCAGCGACCAGCGGCUUGCUGAGAUUCACCAUGACACUCCUGGGGUCCGAGCACUCUUUGCUGAUUAGAAGGAAGUUCCGAUCAGUCUUACAGUUACGGCUUCAACAGCGAAGGACCCAGGAGCAGCUGGCUAACCAAGGCUUGAUACCACCACUGAAAAGUCCAACUGAAUUCCAUGACCCAAGAAAAAGUUUGGAGAGUGACAAGACUGAAGAUUCCCUAAAGCACAAGGGCAGAAACAGGUCUGAUCGUGGCAGCCUGGUUAAUAUGCACAUUCUCCAAGCCUCCACGGCAGAAAGAUCCAUCCCAACUGCUCAGAUGAAGCUGAAAAGAGCCCGCCUCGCGGAUGACCUCAAUGAAAAGAUUGCUCUCCGCCCAGGGCCCUUGGAACUGGUGGAGAAGAACAUCCUGCCUAUGGAUUCCUCAGUAAAAGAGGCUAUAAAAGGUACGGAGGUGAGUUUCUCCAAAUCAGCAGACGCAUUUGCCUUUGAAGAGGACAGCAGCAGUGAUGGGCUUUCCCCAGACCAGACUCGGAGCGAUGACCCCCAGGGCUCUGUGGGAUCACCCCCAGAUAUCAAAGCCAUUGAGGCUCCAUUGGCUGGCCCUCUGGACACAAUCCAGGAUCUCGCUCCUGGCUCGGAAAGUGACAAGAAUGAUGCAGCCUCUCAGGCAAGCAACCAGUCGGACUCCGGGAAGCAGGGGCUCGGCCCCCUCAGCACCCCUCUCCCUGUGCAUGCUGCUGUAAAG